CCUACCGGUCAAUCUGCGUGUUUUUUCCUUUAUUACUUUGCCAAAUCUAGCAAACUAUUCUAAACCCGGUCUAGUAUAGUUUGACUGGUCAAGUAAUUUACACCAUCAUUUUUGGCGCCACCCGUGUGACCGUUAAGGUUUCUUCUCCUAAACACAAACCUACCCACAAAAACACCACUCGAAAUGUCUUCCAGCCAACAAAUCAACGCUACUUCCGCUCAGGUGCAAGCCACCAAUGAGGGUACCAGCAUCCCUGUGGCUGCUACCAUACCGGUCAUUUCAGCCCCGGUGUUGCCUUUGGGUCUGAGCUCUGUCCCAACGCCUAGCGUGAUCAGCCCAUUCACGACCCCCGUCCCUUCCCCUGGACCGAGGGUCACGUUCCCACCAAGCAUGACUCAGUUCAUGAACGACCCAGCCAACCUACAAGCCAUCCGGGGCUUCGGCCAGGUCAUGGCCAUGUGCCAACAGAGCGGGGGGAUGCCUUUUCUCCCUGGUAUGUUCCCGUUCGCUCUUCCAGGCGCGGGAACCAUGCCCCUACAAGCUCCGAUGGCGGUGACGUCGUUCCAUACGCCGAUGCCGCAGCCAUCACCUUUCCAACCCCAGCUGGUCAGCACCAUGGCCCCUGUCAACUUGACAGGCGCACUUAACGCUGCAGGGCCGUCGCGUCCCCCGCAAGGCGAGGUGCGGGAGGCUGAGCCUGCCCGCACUUGGCGCUCCCGGUCUAACCGGCAAGAGCCAGCAAGGACGAGGGCCUCUCGUCAGGAAGAGGAAGCAGAGAGCCAGCCCAGGUUACCGGUGACGAACCGGUUGACUGUCCCAAAUGACCGCGUCCAGCAGAUGGAGGCAAAACUAGAGAGGCUGGAAAAGAAGGUCGUAAAGAAGAAUGACCGGGACAAACCCCUGGCAGGGUCCCCGUUUACCACAAGGGUUCACCUGACACCUUUCCCGCGAAAGGUCAAGAUCAACGCCCCCAGAUUCACCGGGAAAGAAGAUCCAGAAAUCCAUCUGGACUCCUUCAACCAGAGUGCGACCAUGAACGGUUGCACCGAUGAAGAAAAGUGUCUACUUUUCUUCCAGACCUUGCGGAACCGAGCCACUGAAUGGUUCAAUAAGCUUCACCCGGGAAGCAUUGAUUCGUUCAGUGAUUUGGCCUCGAAGUUCAAGGCCAAGUUCCAAGAGAAUUGCACUAAGAGGAAGAAAUUCACCUAUCUUAGUACAGCCGGGCAGAGGGAGUCUGAGAACCUUACUCAGUUCCUUACCCGGUGGAAGGAAGAGGUAGACAAGGUGGAAGAGAUGGAUGACAAGACCGUCUUAUCCCUCCUAUUGAAUGGCUUGCGUGCCGGGGAACUAUACAAGGAGUUCUGCCGGAAACCCCCGUCCAUGUACCAAGAGGCCUACCACAUUGCAUGGGAGUUUGCUGAGGCUGAAACCCAACUCCGGGAAAAGAAAGAAGCUGAGCAUGGCUACAAGCCCAAGCCAGUGCAAGUUAAGAAGGAGGAAGCACCGGGACCUAGCCGGCCAAGACACCACUAUGAACCAGUCGUCCGUAUGGUCAAUACUAGAGAAUGCCAAGAAAUCCGAAAAGCACCGGUCAUCCCUCCAGAAAAUGCUACCGGUCAAAUCGGGCGGCAGUGGUCGGGCACCUAUUGUUCGUACCACAGGUCGGAUUCCCAUAACACCUCCGAAUGCAAAAGUGUUAAGGGGGUCAUCCGGCAGAUGAUCGACAGUGGAGAGCUGGGCAAAGAUUACUUGCAGAAAGCUCAGGAGAAGAGUCAUCAAUGGGUUAGGCCAACUGCCCCAGGAGAUGACCGGAACAGUGACCGGCGGAGGAAUAACCGGCCAAGGGAGCGGCAACCUGCUCCCGGAAAAGAGCACAUUGGCAUGAUCUUCGGCGGACCCGAGGGUGGAGAUUCAGCCGCGCAGCGGAAGAACUGGGUCUGGAGCAUUUACGUUGGAGAGGUAAGUGCUGAACCGCCCAGGCGUAAACAUACUAGAAGGGAGCCGAUCGUCUUUACCGACCGGGAUCUCCCUCCUACCGGUGAAGAUCACAAUGAUCCAUUGGUCAUCACCAUGGACAUUAAUGGGGUGGAUGUCGCCUGGGUACUUGUUGACACCGGGAGCAGUGUCGACAUCUUGUACUUGGAGACUUUCCAAAAACUCAGGUUGUGUCGGACACAACUUGAACCCCUCAAAACCCCUCUCUCAGGCUUCACGGGAGACACCGUUGAAGCUGAAGGAUCCAUAGUUCUACCGGUCGAACUAGGAUCAGGUGAAAAGACCGUGUGGAAGAAGAUGAGGUUCAUAGUUGUGGACAUCAAAUGCGUCCACAACGCAAUUCUUGGAAGGCCCGACAUCAAUAAGGUCGGGGCGAUGAUUUCCAUGCCUCAUCUAUGCAUGAAGUUCCACACUCCAGGUGGUGUAGGUGAGGUGAAGGGUGACCAGAGGAACGCCCGGGAAUGCUAUGCCCGGGCAGUCAAGAAGAUGACCAAGGGAGUCAAUGUCAUAUCUCAAGAAAUGACAAAGGGAGAGACCCGGGAGAAAUUGGAGCCCGAGGCCGAGACGGUGGAAAUUGAACUUCACUCGGGUGAUUCUUCGAGGAUGGUCAGAGUUGGAGCAAAUCUCCCCGAAGAUCUCAUGGCGGAGAUUACACGGGUCCUCCAAGAAUACGCGGGCAUAUUCGCAUGGAGCGUGGCGGAUAUGCCCGGGAUAGAUCGCUCUGUUAUCUGCCACCGGUUGGCCGUGAGGGAGGGAAGUCGACCGGUACGUCAGAAGAAGCGGUACCUGGCCAGUGACCGACGAGACUUCGUCAAGAAGGAAGUGAAGGACCUCCUCAGUGUUGGUCACAUCCGGGAAGUCAAAGAUGAUGGGGCACAAAAGCCCAUUUACUAUGUGAGCAAAGCACUAAACGGGGCUGAGAGUAGAUAUACGGCGAUGGAAAAGACAGCCUACGCGCUUUUCAUCUCUGCAAAAAAGUUAACAUUCUACUUCCAAGCUCACCCGGUGGAAGUCUUGACUGACCAACCGCUAGUUGAUGGGGCAUCUGGUCCUAGAGGAUACGGGGGUGGUAUCGUGUUCACCACCCCAGAAGGGUUCAAGAUCUACCAUGCAAUCGUCUUCAACUUCAAGCUGACGAACAAUGAGGCAGAGUAUGAAGCUCUGGCUGGAGGGCUCAGACUUGCCCAAGCCCUUAAAAUCAGCCGGGCGGAGAACGCGGAUGCAGACCUUCUCUCCGAGUUGACGCAGUAUGCUCCCGAGCAUGUUUCAAAACUUGCCCGGGUAGAGAUCCUUGAUCGUGCAAGCAUCGAAAAAUUGGAAGUCGACGCUAUAACGGCCGGAAGCCAAUAUGACCGGUCAAACUUGGUCGGGGCGGACGACCAUUGGAUGUAUGAUCUGAUGGAAUAUUUGAUGGAUGGGAGCUUGCCAGAACAAGAUGACCGGGCAAGAAAAGUGAAGCUCAGGGCACCCCGAUUCCAGGUUCUUGAUGGAAAGCUGUAUAAAAGGGCGUUUGGGGGGCCACUCCUGAGAUGUCUGACCAACCGGGAGGCUGAGCGAGUCAUAGCGGAGGUUCACGAAGGCGUAUGCGCGGCGCAUCAAAUGUCCCGUACGCUUUCCCAGCGCAUCAUCUUAUUGGGGUAUUACUGGCCAACAAUUGUCCAGGAUUGUGAAAGGUAUGUACAGAAAUGCAGAACAUGCCAAGUGUUCUACAAGUACCCCGGUAGACCGGCGACCUACUAUCACCCUGUAUCGAAUGUCAUCCCAUUCGCUAGAUUCGGGGUUAAUAUCAUUGGAGCCUUCCUAGUCGCCCAAGGAGGGAAGAAGUUCGUAAUCGUAGCCAUCGAUUACUUCACCAAAUGGAUCGAGGCCGAGGCAUUGGCCAACAUCACCACGCAGCAGUGCAAGAAAUUCAUUUGGAAGAACAUCAUCACGAGGUUUGGAGCGCCCAUGAACCUCAUCACCGACAACGGCCCACAAUUCCGAAAUCCGAGGUUCACCGAAUACUUUGAGGGCUUCGGAAUCAAGCACAAUCGCUCCUCGGUAGCGUACCCCCAAGGGAAUGGCCAAGUCGAAAACGCCAACCGAACGAUUGUGGAUGGUCUAAAGAAACGGCUGGGAGAAGCAAGAAACAAGUGGCUGGAAGAGCUCCCACACAUCGUAUGGGAAUUCCGAGUAACACCCAGGAGGGCUCAUGGGGAAACUCCAUUCUCCCUAACCUAUGGGUGUGAAGCAAGGCUACCCAUCGAAGCUGAAUUCCCAACAUUCCGGGAAUCAAAUUAUCAACCCCAACAAAAUGAAGAAGACCACUUGGCCGAGCUCAACUUGGUCGAAGAACGAAGAAUGGCCGCGGAGGUUAAAAUGAGUACAUACCAACAAGUUGUGAAGAAGUACCAUGACAACAAGGUUGGGCCGCGGUACUUCCAAGUUGGAGAUGAAGUCCUACGAAGAAGAGAAGCAAGUAGACCCGGCGAUGGAGGAAAGCUGGCAAAAAAUUGAGAAGGCCCAUACAGGGUUAGAGCCAUCAUUCGACCAGGAACAUACCGGUUAGAAACUUUAGAUGGUGUACCGAUAGAAAGAACUUGGAAUUCCCACCAUCUUCGCAAGUUCUACAAAUGAUUGUAAUACUAGGCGAGGCCUAACUACGUUAUCAAUCAAAGUGAUGUUCAAUA